AUGUCGGAUUUUAACUCUGCAAAAAAUGUGUCCAGUCUACUCGAAAAGAUGGUGGCGAAAGAUGCUGAUAUACGUUUCAUGGCACUUAACGAUAUGAUAAAUGAAUUGCAAAAUGGAAGGCCUUUUCUAGAUCCAGAAAAUGAGCAAUCCAUUGUAAAAGCAGUCUUGAAUCUAUUGCGAGAUAAGAGUGGGGAGGUUCAGAGUCUCUCUGUAACUGCGCUUUCUCAUAUUGCAAAAGCCGUAUCAAGUCAGGAAAUCUCUCGCAUUAUUGCUGACCUUGUAUCUUCAAUGGCCAACGGCGAAACCGGUCAGACGCGGAGCAUAUGUGGCAUUGGCCUCAAGUCUGUUAUCAACGCUCUCCAACCAUCAACUCCAUCUGUGAUUGAGUUGCUUGCUCAGGAGUCUGUCAAACCACUGGUUCUUAUGAUUGGUCGGCACCCGGAUACGGCGGUUCGCAUCGAGGCCUGUGAAAUCCUAUCUGUAAUCCUUACAAGAUUUGGUGCAUCACUGACGACCCUACACAGCGAUAUCCUCGAGUGCCUUCUUUUAUGCCUCUCGGACCCUAAUUCGCCUCUGCGGAAACGCUCCGUGCAGACCCUGGGCGCCCUGAUGUGGACAGCUUCGGAUGAGGCCUACUCAGCCACCCUCACCUACGUCCUCUGCCGACUUGGCACAGUGAUGCCCUCCGCCGCCCCCGUCGUCUCUCCUUCUCCACUCCUCCAGAAACCCGCCCUCUCAACUGCCCUCAAGUCUCCUGUCCGAAUGGAGGAGUUUAAGACCUUGUUUCAGUGUCUGGCCAUCCUUGUGUGA